CAGACCUGGUUGUGACUCUGCGUGGAAGGCCCAAGGGCAUACACACACACAGAGAGUAGGAAGUAUGGGGCUGUCAAGCAUUGCGAACAGGUGGCCUGGUGUCUUGUCCUUCACCUAAAGUCACUGCCUCAACUGAUCCAUUCACUGCAGGCGCUUGUCUCUGUUGCACAGGAAUUACCUCCAAGCACUGCUGAGUUCCUUCGGAGCAGAGUUGAGAAGAGUUUGGAAGAUAAUUUGACAUUGCCCCCAACAAGCUGAUGGAAUUUUUCAAAGUAGAGUCCGGCGGCGGCGGCUGCAGCGACCUCGGCGCCUUCGGAGGUGGAGCCGCAGCCGCGGAGCGCCAUGGAGGGCCACCGGAACGCCACCGAGGUCCAGAUGAGCCAGCUGGUGCUGCCCUGCCACACCAACCACCGCGGGGAGCUCAGCAUCGGGCAGCUCCUGAAGUGGGUCGACACGGCCGCCUGCCUGUCUGCCGAGAGGCAUGCUGGCUGCCCUUGCGUCACAGCUUCAGUGGAUGAUAUCUAUUUUGAGCACACAAUUAGACAGCUGCAUAUACAGCCUCAUUGGGUUCUGUGUGAGAAGGAUGAGAUCUGUGUUGGGCAAGUUGUCAACAUCAAAGCAAAAGUAAAUCGAGCAUUUAACUCAAGCAUGGAGGUUGGUGUACAGGUCAGCUACGAGGAUCUUUGCAAUGGAAAACAAUGGAAUGUGUGCAAGGCACAUGCAACUUUUGUUGCACAAGGCAAACCUCCUGCUAAGAUCAAAUUAAAGCCCCUGGUUCCUCAAACAGAGGAGGAAAAGAUUGAGUAUGGCAUUGCUGCUGAACGCCGCCGGAUGCGACUGGCUCACACAGACACCAUCAAAGACCUUCUCACUAACAGCCCUGUUCAGUCUGAGGGUGAGAACAGAGAAUGCAACACUGUGGUACCUGCUGAAAAGACCAGAGUAGAGAGUGUGGAACUAAUUCUACCUCCACAUGCCAAUCAUCAGGGGAACACAUUUGGAGGACAGAUCAUGGCCUGGAUGGAAAAUGUAGCCACGAUAGCAGCAAGCCGACUGUGCCAUGCUCACCCAACCCUGAAGACUAUUGAAAUGUUCCAUUUUAGAGGACCAUCUCAAGUUGGGGACCGUCUACUGUUUAAGGCCAUUGUCAACAAUGCAUUCAAAAACAGCAUGGAGGUUGGGGUGUGUGUAGAAGCUUAUGGGCACGAAAUGGAAGUAAGCCGAAGGCAUAUCAACAGUGCUUUCAUGACCUUUGUGGUCUUGGAUGGAGAUGGUCAGCCGUGCACGUUGCCGAUUCUGCAGCCAGAGCCAGGGGAUGGAGAGAGAAGGCUCAAAGAAGCCAGUGCUAGGAAAAAAAUCAGACUGGACAGAAAAUAUGUAAUUUCCUGUAAACACACAGAAGUACCCUUGUCUGUGCCUUGGGACCAAAGUAAUAAGGUUUACCUGAGUUACAACAAUGUUUCUGCACUGAAGACCUUAGUUGCCAAAACAAACUGGGUCCUUGCCUCCGAAAGAGACAAGGUCAAGAUGUACACACUGGAGGAAGAUACGUUCCUGUCCAUCAGAAUACAGAUGACUACCUGUAUUGAUGCAAAGCAGGCCUUCCUGCUGCUUUCAGACAUGGGACAUAGGCAUGAGUGGGAUGAGCAUUAUGUAUGUGCUGAGCUGGUACAACAGGUUGACAAAGAUGAUAUGAUCUAUCAUGUAAUUAGUCGAACCAUCAGUGAGGAAAACAAACCUCAGGACUUUGUAAUCCUAGCAUCUCAAAGAGAACCUUGCAGCAAAGGUGAUCCAUAUGUUGUAGCGUUCAGGUCUGUCACAUUGCCAACACAACCAGCAGUUCCAGAGUACACUCGAGGAGAGAUCUUAUGUUCUGGUUUCUGUAUUUGGCAGGAAACAGAGGAGCUCACAAAGGUGUCAUAUUACAACCAAGCCACACCAGGCGUGUUGGCCUACAUCACAAGAAACAUUGCUGGGCUGUCCUUGAGUUUUCAUUCCACCUUCCAAGCCUGUGAACAGUUCCUGCAGAAGCACAAAGAUGAUGUCUCUAUCAGACUUCAGAAUCUUUAGCUGCACAAUUUUAUCUUUGUAUAGUCUCAUGGUGAACAUGGCUGUAAAUAAUGAAGUGACUUUUCUGUAUUUGUGAUAGGAAAGUAAAAUACUUGUUCUAAUACAUAAGUUACCUAGCCUAAGUUUGUGGUAGGGGCCUAUCUUACUUGACUCUGAUCAGAAUGAGAAAUUGUAUUCAGGAAAGUAAUUAUUGGAAUCUUACCAGUUAUGGUUCGUGUGCCUUCUCUAUUCAGGGAGUGACACAGAGAUUUUUCUGGGAUUAUGUAUGUCCUUAAUAUUUCUCUUGACUUCUUUUAAAGUCCUUUAUUUAAUUGAUAGGAAAAUCUGAUUGUAAAGGGAUAUAUUAAAAUGGACCCACUUCUAGUGCCUUAACCAGUAGAAUAGGUGCUAAAUCAGUAAAGCAAUUUUUUUACAGGAAAUAACUUUGUAUUACAUCAGUGGAAGUGAAACUUCCUCUAAAGUGCCUUGUACCAAGGAAAUUUGAUGUUCACAAGCACCAAUAGCUCAGGUUUAUUGGAAUAAUUCUUUAUUUGAAGGGUUUUAGACUUUUACACAGGGCUUAGUGGUGGGUAUUCUGAGCACUGGCUUGCAUCCAGGGCCGGAUGCGCCCUCUGCCCUUGCCACACCCUGGAAUGCCCGCCCCAUGGCCCCGCACUGGCCUGCACCUGGUGCGUCGCGCACCCCCUUUCCCUUUGCUGCUACGCCACUGCUUGCAUCACAGUGCAUCUGCCUCUUGAAACCUUGGUUUGUCUUGCUUCUGUGCACUUUAAAUAAAUGCUGCAAAAUGUCAAAUGAUGUCACAUGUGAGAAUUGGAAGAUCUAGUCCUUUAUGAAUGUCUCUUCCUUACAGCUUGAUUGUAUACUGACAUACUCCAGUCUAUGUUCAGUCCAGAUUGGGGGGUGGGCAGGGGGUGGGGAAAACAUGCAUAGGGAAUGACUGCUGGAGGGGACAAAGGCACCAUAGACUGGCGGUGCCGUCUAUGCCGCCUUUGGUUCCCACAGUACUCCCCCACCCCACAACUGGAUUGUACUGCUAGGAUUGCGGUGUUAGUCUUUCUUGAAUGUUGGAAACCGUCUGUUGUUUCUUGAUCAGUCCGAGCUUGAUAGAGAUUGUGACAAAGUUAUUGUUCUUCUCACAGAAUUCUGGAAAAUGUUCUUUUUUGUUUUUGAUCGCUUGACAAUUGUGGCCUGAAUGUGUGAUCACCAUUCUGGGCAUUCUGUGCAUUGCUUGAUCAGUCUUUUCUUUUACGAUCUUCCAUCAGGUUUGUUGAUUUGGGCUUUGUCUUGUCUUCCAUGACAGUCACGAUUUUGUAAGUUUGUUGAAAUAAAUGGCAAGAACAGUACGUUUAAAAAAAA